CAAACAUGGCGUCAAUAAUCAGGCAAAAGCAGAGUAUUCUUGACAAACCUCUCAAUAAAGGAAAAGUAGAGAUUAACAUUGGGACCUUUGCACUGCUGUUCUCAGAAAUAGUACAGUAUGCUCAGAAUCGUGUGUACACAGUACCAGAGUUACAAAAUCGGCUGUCUGAACUUGGGCAGCAUGUUGGAGUCCGAAUUCUAGAUGUGGUAUUCUUCAGAGAGAAAAACUUCAAAAGAGAAACAAAAGUGGUCAACAUGUUGAACUUCAUCAAGGGAAAUCUGUGGAAGACUUUAUUUGGAAGAGAGGCUGAUAUGCUUGAGCAGGACAACGAGGAUGAUAAAACAUAUUAUAUAAUUGAAAAGGAACCAUUAGUCAACAAGUUUAUAUCAGUACCUAAAGAUAAAGGUAACCUCAACUGUGCUGCCUUUACUGCAGGAAUUAUUGAAGCAGUAUUAAAUGGGUGUAAUUUUCCAGCUAAAGUGACUGUUCACAGACAUAAAGGAACAACUUACAUGAUCAAAUUUGAUGAGUCGGUCAUCACCAGGGACAAGAGCAUAGAAGGUCGAUAGGGACCAACUAGUGGAUAUCAGGACAUCAAUGAGGAACCCACAGACCUGAUCCAUAGCACCUUAUAGUGAAGUGAAAUCAUGAUUUGAGUGCAUUGCAAAGUGUCUGUUCUUCAUUUGGGUGAACAAUUUUGCGCUGAACUUGAUAGUUUGCAAUCAGGAAGUCAUUUUUGCAAAGAUGGCUUGGGGAAAUUAGCCUGAAUUUUUGUAUGUAAUUCUAGACAUUUCUUAUAUUGUUCAUGUGUGGUGUUUUAAAAUGUACUUUGUCUCCAUUGGUAUUGUAAAUCUGUGAAUAUGUACAUGUAUAGUACUCCUGUCUUUGAAUAUUAAAAAGAUUAUAAAUGAACGAA